CUAGGGGGCUCUACAGUUCCGGCGAAGCUCUUCUGAGUUCACAACUCAUGCAAGCUCUCUCCUUAGCUGCUCUCUAUGGCUCUUCUGACCUCUAGGGGUUCACUUCCUGUUGGAAGUGCUUCUUUUCCUGCAGCAGGUAUAUGCAGCAGGCUGGCUCUUUGUUACCCACUGCACUCCUCUCUCCCUAGAUGCUUCGAAGACAACGGUAGCCACCUGACUUAACCAUCAGUUUUCAAAGAGUCUUAUCCUAGCCAUAGAAAAUGAUCAAGCCUGGGCUUGGAGAAACAUUUGGGGAGCGAAUUCCCAUCGUUGUGAGGCUCUAAAGCUUUUCUCGCUGUUCCACUGCUGUGCCUUGUGAAAACCUGAUCUUACCCACUGAAUUGAAGCUUGGUUAAGCAGCAUCUCUUCAAAUCUGAUCAGAUCCGAUUCAGCGGUAUGAAGACAAAGCUGAUGCAGUUUUGGGGAGUAUAGCAGAAAAACGUGGUGAGCUUGUAUCUACAGAAAUGUCUGAGAAAACUGUUCACAACCUAACCCCUGCCUUCGACAGCAUACCGUACAGAAUGCAGAAUCGAACAGGAUCUACAAACUCCUUGCUGGUUGACAGUGAUUACUUCUUGAACUCUGGAGAUCUUACAGGGAUUCCUAUUGUUGGGAGUGACAAUGAGGAUGAGCAAACUUUUCCUGCAAAGGAUAGCCUCCCUUCGCGCCCUGAGGAUAGUCGGGGAGAUAUGAGGAGGGUUCGGGAUCAUGCAGUGGACAAUGAGAAAGACACACAGAUGCAAAAUGUGAUUCAGAAAGACCUCUCUUCCCCUUUUGACAAAGGGCCCUCUGUAUUUAAGUCUGUUCGGAAAGAUUUUAGCAUAGGAAGAGAUGAUGCUAAAGAUAUUUUUUUGACAAAGGAGAAAGCCAGAGAGGGACCUUUUCAGGAGCAUGACAAACGGUUGGAAAAAAUGCCGAAGGAAAUGGAUUCCAGAUUGAAAAGCAGUUUCCUCGAUAAAUCAGUUACUAAUCAAGUGGAUGAAACAUUGCGGACACAGUUGGCACCACAAACACCAGAAACUAACUUCAGGGAGUCUAGCUACCUGUUUGCUAAUAAGGAAUCCGUUGGUCAAGAGCUGGGGAAUUCCUAUGCACCAAAUAUUAGAAUUAAGGAAGAGCCUUUGGACAAUGACUACGAUAAAGCUAUUGCACCUCAGCAGGGGCUGCUGAACAAAAUUAAGGAUGAACCAGAUAAUACUGAGGAAUAUGGCCAGCAGCCAAAAACUCAGGAAGGGGAACUGAAGAUCAGUGCUGUGUUUUCAGUCAGUGGCAGCCCUCUUGCUCCACAGCUGACUUCCAAUUUCCCACCUAACACACCAUCCUCUGGCAUGAACAAAAUGCUUCCUUCAGUCCCGAGUACGGCUGUUCGGGUUUCCUGUUCAGGCUGUAAGAAGAUCCUACAGAAGGGACAAACAGCCUAUCAGAGGAAAGGCUCCACUCAGCUCUUCUGCUCCACACUGUGCCUCACGGGAUAUACUGUACCAGCCACACGACCACCAGCUGCUUCCAAGAAAACCUGUUCCAGCUGCUCAAAGGAGAUUCUGAAUCCAAAGGAUGUGAUUACUGCUCAGUUUGACAACACUAACUCCAGCAAGGACUUCUGCAGCCAGUCGUGUCUAUCCAUGUAUGAGCUGAAAAGGAAGCCUGUCGUCACCAUUCACACAAACAGUAUUUCCACCAAGUGCAGCAUGUGCCAGAAGAAUGCAGUGAUUCGGCAUGAAGUGAAUUACCAGAAUGUUGUGCACAAACUCUGCAGUGACGCCUGUUUCUCCAAGUUCCGCUCAGCAAACAACUUGACCAUGAACUGCUGUGAGAACUGUGGGGGUUACUGUUACAGUGCCUCAGGCCAGUGCCACAUGCUUCAGAUUGAGGGGCAGUCCAAAAAGUUUUGCAGUUCAACGUGUGUCACUGCAUACAAACAGAAGUCAGCAAAAAUCACUCCCUGUGCACUGUGUAAAUCUCUGAGAUCUUCAGCUGAGAUGAUUGAAAGCACAAAUAAUGUGGGGAAAACAGAGCUCUUUUGUUCUGUGAACUGCUUGUCAGCACACAGAGUUAAAAUGGUCACAUCUUCAGGUGUCCAGGUUCAGUGUAACAGCUGUAAGACCUCAGCCAUCCCUCAGUAUCACCUCGCUAUGUCAGAUGGCAGCAUACGCAAUUUUUGCAGCUAUAGCUGUGUGGUGGCUUUUCAGAACUUGUUCAACAAGCCUGCGGGAAUGAACUCAUCAGUGGUGCCCUUGUCACAGGGCCAAGUGAUUGUCAGUAUCCCCUCAGGAGCCACGGUUUCAGCAGCGGGCAGCACUACCUCCACGGUUUCCCCCAGCUCAGUCAGCAGCUCAGCCGCAGCUGGUCUCCAAAGACUCGCCGCUCAGUCCCAGCAAGUUACCUUUGCCCGCACUGUCGUCAAACUCAAGUGUCAACACUGUAGCCGCCUGUUUGCAACCAAGCCUGAACUGCUCGAUUACAGGGGCAAAAUGUUCCAGUUCUGUGGCAAGACCUGCUGCGAUGAGUAUAAGAAGAUAAAUUGUGUCAUGUCGAUGUGUGAAUACUGCAAGAUUGAGAAGAUUAUCAAAGAGACUGUGCGAUUCUCAGGCAUUGACAAGUCAUUCUGUAGUGAGGGCUGCAAGUUGCUGUAUAAGCAUGACUUAGCCAAACGUUGGGGGAACCACUGUAAGAUGUGCAGCUACUGUUUGCAAACAUCUCCCAAGCUGGUUCAGAAUCAUUUUGGGGGCAAGGUGGAGGAGUUCUGUUCAGAAGACUGCAUGUCAAAAUUCACAGUUUUGUUUUAUCAGAUGUCCAAAUGUGACAGCUGCAAAAGGCAGGGCAAACUUGGCGAGUCCUUGAAAUGGCGAGGGGAAAUUAAGCAUUUUUGCAACUUGCUUUGCAUUUUGAUGUUUUGCAAUCAGCAGUGUGCAUCAGAUCCACCGCCACCUCCACCUCCUCCACCGCCGCCACCCCCACCCCCACCUCAGAACAAUACAGCAAAUCUUUCCAUGGCACCAACAUCCUCGGUGGGGCCCCCUCCGUCUCUCAGGAAGGAUUCUACUCCAGUUAUAGCAAAUGUGGUGUCCCUGGCCAGUGCUCCUGCUGCCCAGCCCACAGCCAAUUCCAAUAAUGUUUUGCAAGGUGCAGUUCCUACUGUGACAGCAAAAAUUAUUGGAGAUGCAAGUACUCAGACGGAUGCUUUGAAGCUUCCUUCUUCCCAGCCUCCCCGACUUCUCAAGAACAAAGCCUUACUGUGCAAGCCUAUAACACAGACCAAGGCCACCUCUUGCAAGCCUCAUACGCAACACAAGGAAUGCCAGACAGAAGAAGAAGAAGAAGUUCCACCCAAAAUAAUCAUGGUGCCUGUUCCUGUACCAGUGUUUGUGCCAGUUCCUCUCCACCUCUUCACCCAAUACACGCCAGUUCCGCUGGGAAUGCCAAUACCCGUCCCUGUUCCUAUGUUGGUUCCAUCUGCCCCGGAGAAUACUGGCAAGGCAAUAGAAACCAUUCCAGACAUCAAGGAGAAGAGCUCCGCCAAUGCAUUUGAGGCAGAUCUCCUCCAGAUGGCAGAAAUGAUCGCAGAGGAUGAGAAGGAUAAAGAACACUCUAGAGGAGGCUCUCAAACAUCUGAGCAUGAGCUGUUCCUUGACCCUAAGAUAUUUGAAAAAGACCAAGGCAGCACAUACAGUGGCGACUUAGAGUCCGAAGCAGUGUCGACCCCUCACAGCUGGGAGGAGGAGCUGAACCACUAUGCCUUACGCUCAAAUACGGUGCCUGAGCCUGAGCCUGAGCCAAGGCAAUUCUCCAAAGGAGAGCUGGAGCAGGACCUGGAGGCUGAUUUCCCUUCAGACUCCUUUGACCCGAUCAGCAAAGGGCUGGGUCUUCACUCACGUGCGCGAGCAAGGCGGAGACACAGAGAUGGCUUUCCACAGCCAAAAAGGAGGGGGAGGAAGAAGUCCAUAGUAGCUGUGGAGCCCCGGAUGCUUGUGCAGAGCUCAUACCCAGGCUGUUCCGUUUCCGGGAUGAGUCUCAAGUAUAUGUAUGGGGUGAACGCCUGGAAGAACUGGGUCCAGUGGAAAAACACACAGGAAGAGCAAGGAGACCUCAAAUUUGGAGUUCGACCUGUGAAGCUCAAAGAGGACAUCCUUUCUUGUUCUUUUUCGGAGCUGAGCUUUGGCUUAUGCCAGUUUAUCCAGGAGGUACGACGACCAAAUGGUGAGAAGUAUGACCCUGAUAGCAUCUUAUACCUGUGCCUUGGAAUUCAGCAGUACCUAUUUGAGAAUGGUAGAAUAGAUAACAUUUUUACCGAGCCCUACUCCAGGUUUAUGAUCGAACUUACAAAACUGUUGAAAAUCUGGGAGCCUACAACGCUUCCAAAUGGUUACAUGUUCUCAAGAAUCGAAGAGGAGCACUUAUGGGAGUGUAAGCAGCUGGGUGCCUAUUCCCCCAUCGUCCUCCUGAACACGCUGCUUUUCUUCAACACCAAAUACUUCCAGCUCAAGAAUGUCAGCGAGCACAUGAAGUUGUCCUUUGCCCAUGUCAUGCGACGCACCCGGACCCUGAAGUACAACACCAAGCUGACUUAUUUACGCUUUUUUCCUCCUUUCCAAAAGCAGGAGGUAGAAUCAGAUAAAUUAGUAGGCAAAAGAAAACGCCACGAGGGCGAAGAUGUCCCAACAGCGGUGGAAAUGGUCGAGAACACUGACAACCCCUUGAGAUGCCCAGUUCGGCUCUAUGAAUUCUACUUGUCAAAGUGUUCUGAAAGCGUGAAGCAGAGAAGUGAUGUCUUUUACCUCCAGCCAGAGCGUUCGUGUGUCCCCAAUAGCCCCAUGUGGUAUUCCACUAUGCCAAUAGAUCCUGGGACUUUGGACAUCAUGUUGACGCGUAUCCUUAUGGUGAGGGAGGUGCACGAAGAACUUGCCAAAGUCAAACCGGAGGACUCUGACCCUGAGCUUUCAGACUAAAGUUGGGCAAAGGGGGCAUUAUCUCUUUUUUUGGGUUUGUUUUUGUUUUUGUUUCUUUCCCUUUCCAAUACACCUUGCAAAAGCACCAAACUGUGAACACAUCCAUCCUUUGGAAGACUUCCUCCGUCAACAUCACACAAACCGUCAGGAGGAGCAGCACGAGCUGCGACAGAUUGCAAAUAAGAAUCAAAGGACAGAAAACAGCCCAAAGCGCAAGAAAACGGAGGGCUCAGUGGCUGCAUUUGAUCCUGGAAACGCUUUCUUAAGAUGAGCUUGAUGCUUGUCUCGCCUCCUCCCCUCCCCAAAACAAAGUGGUGCUUGUAUCAGUUGUUACCAAUUAAGGAGUUUUUUUUUCCUUAGAGGGAAUCCUGUUGUGUACAUCCUUUCCUUCUAAUCAUGGAAGCAGAGAAAGCUAGAUUAAACCCCUGGGUGCUUUUGCAAUGUAGCUGCUGCCCACAGCUGUGUGGGGUUUUCCUAACAUUUACUGUAGGAUGCGAAGCAGAACGUAGUAAGGUGGAAACCAAUGGAAAUUCUGUCUGUAAGAUAAACACGCCAAUUCUCCA